AUGUUGCGACCGACCAGCGAGGACGACCAGACGCUGCUGAUAAACUUCCGCCUGCUCGAGCGCGUGCUGCGGCUCAUGGCGGUGUGGCCGAUGGAUUUCAAUCCCUACCUGCCGCAGUACCUGCGCGGUCGGUUCUUCCUUUCCGAGCUGUUCGAUUUCGGCUACCAGCUGUUCUGGUACUUUAUCUGCGUGCACAUCGCGGCCUUUCACAUCAUGUCGGUGCUGACGGUCGACCUUAGCUACGACGAGCUGUUCCUCACGCUGAUCACUACCAGCAUCUACUCGAUCCUGGUGCCGCUGAGUCUGUAUCUGCGCCUGUACGAAAGCAACAUCCGGCAGCUGUACGAGUUUAGCCAGCGCCAUUUCCGUAAACGUUCGGCCGCCGGUGUGCACUACAUAUCGAUCAGCUCCAGCUACCGGUUCACCAACAAGUACCAGUUCUGGUGGAUCGCCUCCUGCCUGCUCGGCACGAUGCACUGGGCGGUCUAUCCGAUACUGUCGCAGGAGCGUACGCUACCGUUUCCCUGCUGGUACCCGGUGGACGUGCAUCAGUCACCGAUGUACGAGCUGGCGUACAUCUUCCAGGUGCUGGGGCAACUGCAGGUCAGUCUGGUGUUUGGGUUGGCCAGUGCCCUGUUUAUGGUGUUUGUGUUUGUGGUGUGCACGCAGUUCGAUAUGCUGUGUUGCAGCCUCGCGAAUGUGCGCCAGUCGGCCAUGAUACUGAACGGUGGAUAUGGGCCGGAGCUGCGCGAGUAUCAAGACAACUACGAGCUCGAUACGCGCGACUACGUCCUGCAGGAAGUGUUCCGCGAAGAUCUGGACACGGUGCAAGGCACCAAAACGGCAUCCAGGCUCGAUCAGCUGAGUCCCGCUCAAAGUUAUCUGAUGGAACUUGCCCCUGAACUGACCUGCGUGAUGGAGGACUGCAUUCAGCAUCAUCUGAUAUUGCUGCGCUUCUGUCAGCUGCUCGAAAACUGCUACCAUCCCUACGUCCUGCUGAAGCUGCUUCAAAUUCUACUGCUUCUUUGCUUUCUCUCCUUCAUGGCAACGGUGGAAAGUUUGUCGACGAUGAAGUUAAUUAACGUGCUCGAGUACUUCAUGCUCUCGAUAACGGAACUGUAUCUGUACUGCUUUCUUGGCCAGACCCUCAAGAACCAGGGCUUGAAGGUGGGUGACGCACUGUGGAAGUCUCCGUGGCAUCUGUGCGGAGCUUCCUACCGACGCCGGCUGUUGAUAAUCCUGAUGAAUGCUCAACGACCGGUACGGUUGACUGGUUUGAAGCUGUACGAGCUGAACCUGGAAACGUAUUACACGGUUCUGAAGGCUGCCUUCUCGUACUACACCAUCAUUAAAAAGUUUCGCUAA